UCACUUUUCACAUGCGUCCGGUGGAACUUAAAUCUCACCUUUAAUUCUUAAAAACGUCCGUGCUGAUAAUUUUUGAGAAGUGGCUAGUUGAGUGAGGUAGAAUCUUUUUAGACAUUGUACCUUGACCACAUAGACUUCUUCACAUAGGACAUGUCUACUGGAUGCAGCUAAGAUGGCCAUCGCUAGCAGCUUUGCUUCCGAUAAUCUUCGGAUUAUCAUUUUUGCUGCGUUUUGCAUUGGUUGCUUCCAGAUCACAGCCAGCCAGCAGCAUGAUGAAAAUGAACAUGAUGAAAUGGGAAUGAUGGCUGCCCAUGAAUUCGAUGAAGUGGAUGUACAGUGCUCGGAACCUCCCCCUCCUAUGCACGCGAAUAUGCAAUGUUUUAAGCACAAGACCAAGAAAAACAAAUACGUGUGCCGGGCAAAGUGUAAUCGUGGUUUCCAGUUCCCGAAUGGAAAUCAAACGAUGCGCCAUAUGUGCGACUUGACCACCGGAAAAUGGAAUAAAUUCAAUUUUCCUGACUGCAUACGUAUUUGUGACCCUGCCUGUGAACAUGGAGGUGCUUGCACUGAAGAGAACUACUGUGUUUGUACUCCAGAAUACAGAGGAGACCGAUGCCAAUACGAGGUUUCUUUGUGUGAUCCAAAAAUUGGCCUUCACGUAUCAGGCGAAUGGAUUUGCAACAGCUCACACACAGAUACACGGUGUGUCCUGAAAUGUCCACAAGGAACAAGGUACGAGACCCAGCCGGCCGAUCUGUACAUUUGUAGCUUAGAUGGAGCUUGGACACCCAGUUUUGCGCCGAAAUGCAUUCCAAUCAAUGUCAUCGAGCCACCAACUGUGCAGCAUUUUUAUGCAAUUUCUGGUGGUGAGCCUACUCAGUCAAAAAUUCCAGCUACUACUGUUUGUUCCACCUGGAGUUCCAAUCACUAUCGCACGUUCGAUGGUGGGAUAUACAGUUUUUCUAGUCCUUGCACAUACCUGUUCUCCAAGGACUGCGAACAGGACACAUUCGCCAUCCAUGUCCAAAAUGGACAGCCAUGCCCUUCCUGGACAUCGUGCCCCACUGCUAUAAUAAUCUAUAUUGGUUCCGAGGAGUAUGUAUUAAAAGGCAGUGAAGGAGGCGCUUACAUUAUGAAUAAGGAACAGAAAUAUGAAGUUCCUGCUGCCGUCGAUGGAUUGUUGCUUCAGAUGCUUUCUGAAUUUGUGACGGUCAGCAGCCCUUUGGGGUUCAAGUUAAAAUGGAAUCUGAAGAAUACAAUACUCUUGGAAGUGUCCACCCCCCUAAAGAACCGAACUUGUGGAUUAUGCGGAAAAUUUGAUGGUUUGGUUGUGAAUGAUUUCGGAACUUCGGAUGGCAGCAUCACCGACAGCGUUGAAAGUUUUGUGGACAGUUGGGCUAUGGAAAACCUCGGAGAAAAAUGCGAAGGUAAAGCUGUGGUGAAAGACGCAUGUUCAGAAAACAAGGAUAAAGUCGAAGAGGCAGUGGCAAACUGUCAAAUAAUUUUUGAUGACAAAUUUUCAUCGUGCCAUCAGCUGGUGAAUCCUAAACCUUAUUUCGAAACUUGCAGAAUGGAUUACUGCGGUUGUGAAUCAGAAGCAUCUUGCCAUUGUAGUUCUCUAGCAGAAUAUUUCCGUGAGUGUGUUCGACUCGGAGGAUCUUUACCUGGUGGUUGGAGAAAUAACGAUCUCUGUCCUUUGUCUUGUCCGUUUGGAAUGGUCUACAAAGAUUGCGGCAGUUCCUGUCCACAGACCUGCCGAGGUACUGUCUAUGACUGCGAGGACGACCGCUGCGUCGAUGGUUGUCACUGUCCGGAAGGGACAGUUCUUCACGACAUGCAGUGCAUUGAAAAAGCCAGUUGUCCUUGCCUUCAUAAUGAGAAGGAAUAUCAUAACGGUGAAAGAAUCAUCCAGGAUUGCAAUGCAUGUGAAUGUAACGCUGGAAAAUGGCGGUGUACAGAAGAACAGUGUGGAGCCAGGUGUUCAUCCACAGGUGAUCCUCACUACAUAACUUUCGACGGGUACAGCUACGAAUACUUAGGAAGUUGUCCGUAUUACCUGGUAUUCAACGAAAACUUCAACGUGGUGCAAGAAUAUGGACCUUGCUCGUCUCAGGCAGGGCCCGAACAAGCUACCGAUUCAAUGUUCUGCACUCAGUCCGUCACAAUUGAAUAUGGAGGAGGGUCCCUGGUGCUGCAACCUGGCUUCAUAGUUACUUUCAACUCCAGACCUGUAGAUCUACCCUUCUCAGAAAUGGGUAUAUAUGCAGCUAUGGCAACAGAUAUAUUCUUAAAAGUAAGACUAGACAAUGGAUUGUCAGUAUUGUGGGAUGGAAAGAAUAGAAUCUACAUUGAUGCGCCGUCAUCUCUUUAUGACCAAACGAUGGGUCUUUGCGGCACCUUCAACAAUAAUCAAAACGAUGAUUUUAUGACUCCAGAAAAAGACAUAGAAGCAGACGUCGCAACUUUUGUUUCAAGAUGGCAAGCUUCGGAUAAAUGCUACAGGAGGGCACGACGAUCAAUGAGAAGAACUCCAUGUGAAAUGCAGCCACAAAAACUUGCGGAUGCAGAUCAGCUGUGCUACACCUUGAAGUCUGCCAUGUUUUCAAAUUGCCACGGCGAAAUUGAUCCUUAUGCCUUCUACAAGAGCUGCGUCAAUGACCUUUGUAUGUGCGGAGAGAAUCUCGAAGAAUGCUUGUGCCCGAUCCUGGCCGACUACAGUUUAGCUUGUGCGAGGAAAGGCAUUGUUAUGGAUUGGAUAGACAGAGUACCAAUCUGCCAGCCCCAAUGUACUGGUGGUCAGAUUUAUAAAGAGUGCGGGGAUCCUUGCACUAGUACGUGUGCUGCCGUUGCAUCUGAACUCGAGUGCGAUUCGCAAUGUGUGCAAGGCUGCAUUUGUCCCGACGGCACGGCUCUCAACAGUGAAGGAAUCUGCGUUGCUGUUGACCAGUGUCCAUGUUUAUUCGAAGGCAAAGAAUUUCCCUCCUUAGACAUCACGGUGAAAGGCACAGACAUAUGCAAAUGCCUGAAUGCUAAGUGGGAAUGCAGACCGGGGAGUGAGGAGGAACUAAAAGCUUUGAAUCCUGAGAAGCAAGUAAAUCCUCGAGCUAACCAUGCUUUAAAAUGUUUGGAGGAGUAUAACGAAGAAUAUACUGACUGCGCAGAACCAUGCCCACGAACUUGUCAAAACUUCCACCUACCAUCCAAAUGUCCAGCUGAGCAGUGCUUUCCUGGAUGCAAAUGCAAAGAAGGCUUCAUAUUCGACGCGGAACUACAGAAAUGUGUAGAAAUGAGUCAAUGUGGGUGCAUCCAUGGAAAUCGGAGAUACAAAGAAGGAGAAACAAUAAAGCAGUCAUGCAAUUUAUGCUCUUGUCGCCGCGGGCAGUGGCAAUGCACAGAACAAGUCUGUCCAGGAAUUUGCACAGCUUGGGGAGAAUCCCACUUCAAAACUUAUGAUGGUAAAAUCUUCGACUUCCACGGCGAAUGCGAGUACAUCUUGAGCAAAGGAAAGAUGUCUGAUGCCUCCUACACCCUCAUUGUUCAGAAUGUACCUUGCGGUACGAGUGGUAUCACCUGCAGCAAGUCUUUCACCUUAGAUCUGGGGGCAUUGAAACAGUCGAGAGGAGACACUAAUGAGGUUGUUGCCGAUGAAGAGAAACUGACCCUGACAAAGAACGACCCACUCCCGAAGAUGUCUCUCAAAUCUCGGUUCGUGGUUCUGGAAUCGGGUCUCUUCGUUCUCGUCUACACUGAUAUCGGAAUCACUCUGCGUUGGGAUAGAGGGACACGAAUUUACGUCACCUUGGAUCCAAAAUGGAGAAACAGGGUAAAUGGUCUUUGUGGCAAUUUCAAUGAUGACCAAGCAGAUGACUUCUUGACGCCAUUCGGCGGCAUUCCGGAAGCAAGAGCAUCCACUUUUGCAGACAGCUGGAAAAUCCACGAAUUCUGCCCUGGACCUGUAGCGAUAGAAGACACUUGCGCCAUCCAUCCCGAAAGAAAAGGCUGGGCACAACAGAAGUGUGGAAUUCUGAAAAGUGAUGUCUUUGAGCCAUGCCGCACUGCCGUCGCAAUGGAACCUUUCUACGAAAGAUGCGUUUUCGAUUCGUGUGGCUGCGAUAUGGGAGGCGAUUGCGAUUGUCUUUGCACGGCGAUUGCAGCCUACGCACAAGAAUGCAGCAUCCAUGGAGUUUCGAUACGAUGGAGAUCCCAAGAGCUUUGCCCAAUCCAAUGCGAAGAAUGUGCUACUUAUGACAGUUGCAUACCAUCAUGCCCGAAGAAAACUUGCGAGAACGAAUACCGGUAUGGUAGAAUCGAAGAAGCAUGCUCGAAUGAUUUCUGUGUGGAGGGCUGCAAUCCUAAACCCUGUCCUGCUGGUCAGAUCUACAACAACGAAGUCGAAUACAAGUGCAUACCAGAAGUGGACUGCGUGGUACCAUGCUUGGAAGUGAACGGUGUCAUCUAUAAUGAAGGUGACAGAGUAACAGACCUGGAAGUUGCAGACCCAUGCCAGUCAUGUCAUUGCCAUAGAGGUUCAAUCCAGUGCACGGGGAGCCGCUGCGUUAAACAGGAACCGCUCCGUCCUUGCUUGAAGACUGGUUGGACUCCGUGGAUGAACACGCCUUCUUUUGUAGGAGGAGAUUUCGAAGAACUGACCAGUCCUUCUCUAAAGGCCACUUACGAGGAAUUUUGUGGUUUUACCAACAUGACCACCAUUGAAUGCAGAGUUGCAGAAACUAAAAUAUCAGCACAAGAAGCUGGACAAAAUGUCAUCUGUGAACUUCCAACUGGACUGGUAUGUGUUGAUACUGACCAAAAUGGACGAAUUUGUGAGGACUAUGAAAUUCGAAUGUAUUGUGACUGCGGUCCUAUGCUCGAAACAACAACUUUACCCCCUGUAACUACACCCCUCAUCACACAACCACCUGAGUGUCAUGCAAAUGGCUGGACAGCAUGGAUGAGCUCAGUGUUGCCAAGCGAACAGGGUGAAUUUGAGACUUUAGAAAGACUCCGAGUUAAUCACAUAUUCUGUGCAAAUCAAGACAUCGAUGAUAUUGAAUGCCGCAGCACUAGAACGUGGAAGUACAUAACAGAAGAUACCAAUGAUAUAAUCUGCAAUAAAAAAGUUGGAUUUAUAUGCAAUGGUCCAUUAUGUGAUGAUUUUGAGGUUAGAGUUCAUUGCUACUGUGGUCCCGAAGAGACAACGCCUCUGGUCAUUCCAGAGACCACACCUGUGGCUCCCAAAUGCAUAUCAGAAUGGACGCAAUUCUACGACGUCGAUCAUCCAAGUGUCAGUGACGCUAGUGAUGACGAAACCAUAGAAAAUAUUGAACAAAAGGAAGGCCCAGUCUGUGAAGGAAGGAACAUCACGGAUGUAGAAUGCAAAGCCUACGUCAAUGGAGAGUAUGUUGACUAUUCGUCGCUGAAUUUAUUUGGACUGAAAUGCUCGAAGAAAACAGGAUUCGUCUGCGAAAAAUUCAUCAUUGGUGAAGAUUGUCCGAAUUUUAUGGUCCGCUUCUAUUGCUCUUGUGAACCAACUCCAGAAACAACUACAAAAUUGAUAACUACAACGACUACAACUGCAGCUCCAACAACUACAACGACUACUCCUGUGCCCAUAAAACCGGUUCCGGUUGAGUGCGGUUGGACGCCGUGGAUAAACACAGAUACUCCUGAAGAAGGAGAAAAUGACGAUGGAGACUUAGAAGAUUUAGCCACAAUACAAUACCUAUAUAAAACGUGUGGUGGUAAAGAUCUAGUGGACAUUGAAUGCCGAAUGGCCAGAACUCAUCACUCCUAUGAGCUGUCCCAACAACACAAUCUGAAGUGCGAUUUAGAACACGGAUUCGUCUGCCACAACCAAGAUCAAAUAGGAAAGUGCUACGACUAUGAAAUACGAUUGCUGUGCAUGUAUGAUUGGUGUUAUCCAAAAACUACACCUCCUACUACUACAACAACAACUACGCCCGCUCCAACCACUACAGCAAAUCCCUGUCCGGAUGGCCAAGUGUACGACGAAUGCGCCUAUAGUUGCAGUCAGAUGUGCUCUUCUUUCGCCAGCGAAACGGUGGAGAAGUGCAGUCUUCUUGAGAGUGGCUGCAUUCCUGCUUGUCGUCCCAUCGAUGGAUGCCAACUCCCUUAUGUCUGGAGAGAUUAUUUCCACUGUGUCCCAAAAGAUGAGUGUCCUUGUGUGUACACAGAUGAUAUUACAAAUGAAGUAAUAACUGCUGGUCCGAAAGCUGUUGUCUAUAAAACGUGUGAAAAAUGCCAGUGUUUAGAAGGUAAUUUACACUGUGAAAUAAUCCCAUUCUGUGGUGUUCAACCUCCAGUAAGAAGACUUAUCGAAAACAUUGAGCAGCCAGACUGCUGGACUAAGUGGGAAAGCAUAGACUAUCCAGAAGGUCCAGGUGAUCUCGAAAAGAUCAGCGAAUUUAGGAAAGUCUUUGAAUUUUGCGCUGAUCCCAUCAAGAUAGAAUGUCGCACAAUUGCAACUCAACAAAAACCAUCUGAUGUUGGCCAGAAUGUAAAAUGUGACCUGCAAACUGGCCUGGUCUGCUUUAAUAAAGAAAACGAACCGGAUGGCUGUUACGAUUAUGAAAUACGAUUCUACUGUCCGUGCCCAACCUUGCCACCUCCGACAACAACAAUCCCUCCUCCAACACUGGAACCAGGAGAAUGCCUUUACGGUUGGACCGAAUGGUUCAAUAAUCACUAUCCUGACGGCAGAGGGGACUACGAAAGCAUCCAAAGUUCAAGAGUGAAUCACAUCUUCUGUGCCAACGACAUGAUAUCGGCCAUCGAAUGCCGUAAAGCUGGUUCGCUGGAAACGGGCCUGCUUCAGCGCGGUGUAGAAUGCGAUUUGCAGGUUGGCGUAAUCUGCAGACAGGAAUCCCUGGGUGAACAAGAGUAUUGCUGGGAUUAUGAAGUCAGAUUCUUCUGUGACUGUCCGAUAUCGACUGUCGUUCCAUAUGAAAUACCUAUAACAACGACCGAACCUCCCCUUCUUAAAUCAUGCUCCUAUUGGUCACCAUGGAUCAAUGACCAUCACCCGAACGCUGGAAAGUCUGGCACUAAAACCGGUGUCAAAGGUGGAGGUACUUUUAUCCCGGGUGAUAGAGAAGUUGUCACUCCAGUGAAGCUGAGAAGAGACUACAAAUUUUGCUUAGAAGGUAUAAUAACUGAAAUAGAAUGUCGUGAAGCUGUAACUGACCUCUUUUAUACAGAAACUGGGGAUAAUAAACUGACUUGCAGUGUAAAAGGAGGAUUCCGCUGCAGAGGAAAAGAUCAAGAAUCAAAAAUUUGCAAAGAUUACAAAAUACGAUACUACUGCGCUUGUGAAGAAAUCACACCUUCUCCUACUCCGAUAAAAAUAUCAACUCCUGCUAUUCAUAUUGAACCUUGCACUGUAUACUACAACGCUAUAGAUGGACCAAAGCCUGUCCCAGAUAGUCAGCUCAAAGCUUCUACGAGCAAAGACUUUGAAAGUGGACCUCAAAGUGCCAGGUUGAGCUCUAUUUCUACAACCAGAUCCGCUGGUGCUUGGAUUGCCGGACAAAUUGAUGAUCGCCAGUUCAUUGAAGUGGACUUGGGCUUCAUUCAGCCCAUCUACGGUGUUGUAACCAAAGGCCGACACGGUCAUCCGGAAUGGGUCAAGUCUUACUUAGUACUUUACAGUAGAGACGGCAAUGCUUAUGCUUAUGUAACUGAAGACGGUAACAAUCCACAGAUUUUUACAGGAAACUAUGACAGCCAAACACCCAUAGAACAUGUUUUCAAUACUCCAUUUGAAGCUCGCUUUGUACGAAUACAGCCUCUCUCUUUCCAAAAAGAAAUAGCUUUAAGAUUUGAUGUACUUGGUUGUGCAGAAGGCAUGACUACACCUCCGGUUUACACCACUUCGGCUCCUAUUUGCACUGCUGAAAUGGGUCUUCGCAAUGGAACCAUAAAGGACCGUCAAGUGACCACGUCCAGCAACCGAAAUCCAAGCUCGGACGAACGAUACAUUCGCCUCAAAACAAUUCAAACCGACGAUCAUGCCGGUGGCUGGGUGGCUGGAGAACUGGAUGAAUAUCAGUUUGUGCAGGUUGAUUUUGUUACCCCACAUGAAAUUACUGGAAUCAAAAUUCAGGGGCGUGAUUCCGUGCCCCAGUGGGUUACUGCCUUCACCGUUAGCUACAGCCAAGAUGGAAAUUCUUGGGAUUAUAUCACAGAUAUCACAGGAACUGAAAAAAAGAUAUUCCCUGGAAAUUAUGAUAGUGAUACUAUUGUUGAAGUAUAUUUUCCAUAUCCGAUCAGAACCCGCUACGUACGCAUUAACCCAGCUGGCUGGGAAAAUUGGAUCGCACUUCGUUUAGAAAUCUUGGGAUGUUUUGAACCUGAUAAAGUUUUAGCUAAUUUGAGUACAACUGUGGAACCGCCAUUUAUAGAAGCCUGUUUCGAGCCCAUGGGUUUAGAAAACCACCAACUUCCCGAUACUCUGAUUUCUGUCUCUUCUUCUGCUGGUCCAGGAAGCGAUAAAUCUAGACUUAGACUGAACACUCAUUCGGACGAACAAGGUACUGGUGGCUGGAUUGCUCAUAAGGAUGACUACAAGCCAAUCAUUGUAAUUGAUUUCACGGGAGAAAGAAACCUGACAGCCAUAGAAACACAAGGUCUCGAAGAUGAAGAUUAUUGGGUCAUGAGUUAUUACGUGCACUAUAGUUCGGAUAAUGUGACAUGGGAAAAGGCAUACUCUGCUGAAACAGGAAAUUGGAUCUUUGAUGGAAACAGAGACCGUGACAGCAGGAAACUGCACAGAUUUACGGAGAUGAUUACAGCUCGUUUCCUCAAGGUGACCAUAGUCGAUUAUCAUACAUGGGCUGCUUUGAGAAUGGAAGUUUAUGGUUGCUUCAUUCCAUACGGAGAAGUCACUAUGCCACCACCACUCCUCAUUACUGAAACAGAAUUUUGCACCAUCUUGGGUCCAUGGUUGAGUUUAUCCGAUCCGGCUUCGAACCCCUACGGUGAUGAAGAACAAAUUGAUCAAAUUAUUGCGGCUUCAAAAAUAUGUGGUAACCCAUUCGAAAUUGAAUGCAGGUCUGCUGUGACCAAGAAAGAUUAUUCAGAAACAGGUCAAAUUGUCACCUGCGACACACAGCAAGGACUUUUGUGUCUAAACCAAAAUCAGAAUUCGGGUAUGUGCUACAAUUACGAAGUGAGGAUCAAAUGCUGGACUUGCGAAGCUGAAACGACUACCACUGCUCGUCCUCUUGUUUUGUGUCCCGAAGUGCCAGAAUCUUUGAAGGAAAACUGUCCUGUGUCUUGUCCUGAACAUCAUUCUUGUGACGGGUACGGCUGCGUUCCAGACAUCGAUUGUCCUUGUUUCAGAGAUGGAAAGAAAUUCAUACCUCCUAACAUACUGGUGACGAAAAAUUGCGACAAAUGUGAAUGCGUACUAGGAGGAUAUUCAAUGUGCAGUCCUAUAAAUUGUUCAAGCUGUCUCCAGGGUCAGAAGUCUGAGUUGGAUGAGUAUUGCGAAUGUCGGUGCAUUGGUUGCCCCGAUGGAACAAUUACGUGUCCUACCAAUGGCGCAUGCGUCAGUGAAUUCCAAUGGUGCGAUGGCACGGAGGACUGUCCCGAUGACGAAAUCAACUGUCCAACUACUCCUCCUCCAGUAACUACAACUACUACUAUUGCUCCAACGACAACCGAAGCUCCUAUUAUUUGUACUACCGAAUAUGCCGAUGCUACGGACACCUGCGAAAUGGUCUCGAAUAUGUUUGAAACUUUCGAUGGUCUGUACUACCAAUACGACAUAUGCGAUCAUCUCCUCAUGCGGGAAAAGUACAGCAAUCUGUACUCCGUUACAGUUCACAAGACUUGCUCUCCUGAUAAUGCCAAUUCCUGCGACAGAUACCUCAUCAUCACUGUGGAUAAUGUCGUACUCAAAAUAGGGCCUGGAGUAGAUGACGUGACAGUUCAGGAUACUCGAGUACCUGCAGAGAAUCUGUAUAUCGUCUCCCGAAGAUUCCAGGAUUUCGAACUCUUGAAAAAAGGAAAAUUCCUCGUUUUCAGUUCGAAAAAGUAUCAUUUUGAUGUCAUUUGGGAUGGCCUUCAGGAUGCCAGAAUCAUAGUGUCUCACUGCUUAAUGAACCAAGUAAUAGGAAUGUGUGGAUUCUACAACAAACAAGUGGAGGAUGAUCGUUCCACUCCAGACGGCACGAUAGUGAAAACUAACCAGGAGUUCGGAGAUAGUUGGAGCAAAGGACCGCUGGAGAGAUGCAUUCCACCCUCUUGUCCAGAAGUAUACAUGAAGAGGGCCAUCACCACCUGUCAAGUACUUCAGGAUGAACUGUUCAGUACCGCCUGCGCCGAUUAUUUGAAAAUGCAAUCCAGAGUUGAAACCUGCAUCAAUUAUAUGUGCGAAUGCCUCCAGCGCACCUCUCUAGACGCCAGAGUUUCAUCGGACGUGUUCUAUGAUAUCUACGACACUGGAAGCUGCAAGUGCCAGGCGUUUGAAAGCUUUGUGGAAGCAUGCGAGGCCGUGAAACGGGAACCUGUAUUGAACUGGCGACUCGAAUAUGACUGUACUCCAGAAUGUCCACCAGGGAUGGAGUGGCAAGAUUGCGGUCCUGGUUGCGAGCUGACCUGCGACAACUAUCGUGAGAAGGACACCUUAUGUGAUGCGGCCUGCACGCCCGGCUGUUAUUGCCCAUCGGGGACAGUUCGACACCACGAUAAAUGCGUCAAACCGAAGAUGUGUCAAGAUUGUGUAUGUAGGGGACAUGGAGAUCCAAAUUACAUAACAUUCGAUGGAAGAUACUACGCUUUCCAAGGAAACUGCACAUAUGUUCUGGCUCAACAUCUUACAUCAGAUGAUCAAGUAAAGAACUUUAGAAUUUUAGUCACUAACGUCGAAUGUCCAGAGGAGCCACAUACUUCAUGCGCAGCUGGACUGCAAAUAUUCUGGAAUGGUCACACCAUUGAAAAGUUUAAAAAUAAACCGGUUUACUUAGACAACGUUCCUCUGAAUAAAGAAGAUUCCCCGCUGGAUCGGGAUGGAAUCAGCGUCACUUACAUACCGAACAAAAGUACCAUCAUCCAUAUAAAAGCCAUAAAUUUGGCUGUCCGCUACUUUGACCAAAUGUAUGGAUUCAACGUUGAGUUACCAGCUUUCUUCUACUACAACAAAACCGAAGGACUCUGUGGUGUCUGCAACUUCAUCCAGUCGGAUGACCUGUACCACAGAAACGGUUACGUGACGGAUGACGUAGAAGACUUUGCAUACAGUUGGCUGGUGGAACCAAGAACAAGAGAGCAGUGCACGUUAGAGCGUGUCAUUAUGCCACCACCACCACCUGGUAUCUGUAAUUUUACAGUCAGCCCGUGCGAAGUAUUCUUGGAUCCUACGCUGUACUCCAAGUCUUGCCAAAAUGAUGUAACCUACAGUCAGAAGCCCGAAGCAUCCAUGUGCCGUUCAAAAUUCCAGUAUGCUCAACAGUGCUGCGAACGAGGCGUUUCUCUGGUUGAAUGGUUGAAAAUGAGUGGAUGCGAGAGUUCGUGUCCAGAAGGCAUGUACUUCGAGUGCACAUCAGCUUGCCAGAAGACUUGUGAAAAUUACAAAACAUUCCAAGAAAGUGAUUGCGAACUUAUGCCGCUGUACACCUGCAGAUGUCCCGAAGGACAAGUCAUGAAACUUGGUCAAUGCGUUGAUCCUAUUAUUUGCGAGACAUGCGAUGCUUUGGGACACAUCGUGGGAGAUGUUUGGAAAGUUGGUCCUUGUGAACAGUGUGAAUGCAUGUCUGACCUUUCAACAAGAUGUACAAUCAUGGAAUGCCCUGAACCUCCGAUAUGUAACGAAAAGCAGACCUUGAAGAAGAGGGAUCAAGCUCCAGAUACUUGUUGCGCUAUAUACGAUUGUGUUGAAGCAGUAGCUGAAGUUAUCUGCCCCGAAGCGAAAUUGCAAAACUGCAGUGAAGGACAAGCUAACGUUGUUUCUCAUGAAGAUGGAUGUCCAGUCUAUAAAUGCGAAUGUAAAAUGGAGUUGUGCCCACCAGUCACUCAGCCACAAGUGGAAGAGGGUGAGGUUACUUCCAUCGAGCAAGAAGGUUGCUGUCCUCACUACAGAGUCGAUUGCUAUCCGGAGAAAUGCAGCCUGCCUCCCAUCUGCGGGCCUGGUUUCAAAGUGAGCACUUUUGAGGGCAAAUGCUGCCUCAAGUACACAUGCGUGCCCAAGAAGAAUGUCUGCGUUUAUCGGUUCAAAUAUGAUGUGCUCGAUGGAGUCCAGGUCACUCUACCUGAAGGAGAAUCGCCAGAAGUUGAAUUUGAGGGCGGAUCAUCAUGGCAAGAUGGUCUUUGCCGAAAAUGUCGUUGCUCGACCGACAACGGAGUGACGCAGUACAGCUGUUCGGAAGAAUUGUGUCCAAAACUGGAGGAACUUCCCGAUUCAGAGAAAUAUGUCCGUGAAAUAAUACCCAUUCCUGGAGCCUGCUGUCCACAUUACCGUCGUUCUGCGUGCAAGAUGAAUGAAAUCGUGUACCAGAUUGGAGAAGAAUGGCCCUCUCCAGAUGGGGAUCCUUGCAAGUCAUACAAGUGUGUGGAGCACGAGGGAGAGGCGGGUAUCUUGGAGAAGAGAAUAAGAUGCGACAAGAACUGUCCCACUUUUGCUGAAUACGUGGAACCAGAGCCAGGGUCCGGAAAAUGCUGUGGAAUGUGUAAACCAACUGCUUGUGAAGAGAAUGGAGUAUCAUAUCAUCACGGCCAAAUCUGGAACUCCGUCACCAAACCUUGCUUUAAAGCAGAAUGCUUUGUCAAUGAAAAUGGCACUCAGAUCAUCUACCGUGGCCAAAGCUGUCCGAUGUUGCCCGACAACUGCCCUGCGGAAAAUGUGAAAACUGAUCCUAAAGGUUGUUGCACCUAUUGCAAAAAGCCCACAGAGAGUUGCGCUGCCGUUCAAGUGCCCAUACACGAAACGAGGCAGUUUUUCGGUUUUAUUGAUCCUCAGAAGGGUUUCUGCACUAACGAUGAGCCUCUGGAAGGUUUGACAAAAUGCUCUGGAAAAUGCACGGUGGAAUCCGAAUACUCAAAAUUGAUCGGAGACUUCCAAAGUGUCUGCAACUGCUGCCUGCCCAAAACCUCCGAAAACAGGCCAAUCCUUUUGCGUUGCGACGACGGCAGUACUUUGGAGAAGAUUUAUCAGCAACCUCUUUCGUGCAGAUGCACUUCCUGUUCCGGAACGGACAGAUAUCUCGAAGCCAUGAAUCAGAUAGAAUCUGUGUGAAAAAAAUAAGCCAUCGCAUCGUCUUUUCAUUGUUUCUCAUAAGCUUUUUUUUUUAAAAAUUAAUAAAGUCUUUAAAUAAAA